AUGUUUUCUUGGUUGGGAAGAAUAGCAUCCGCAUGUUUGCGACCUUUGGGCCGAUAUGUCCUUAUGAACAAGGAUGAUAAUGAUUCUUUGGGAGGUGAGGAUGAUGCACUUCUCUGGUGCAAAGACCUUGAGAAGCAUUCUCAUGGCGAGUUCUCAUUUGCAGUGGUCCAGGCAAAUGAAUUUCUUGAGGAUCAGAGCCAGGUUGAGACUGGUCACCAUGCCACCUUUGUUGGUGUUUAUGAUGGCCAUGGGGGCCCUGAGGCAUCUAGAUUCAUCUGUGACCACCUCUUUCAAAAUCUAAUUAGACUUGCUCGUGAAAGUGGAACUAUAUCAGAAGAUAUUCUGAGGAAUGCCUUUUCUGAAACUGAAGACGGUUUUCUAACACUUGUCAGAAGGGCAUAUGAAAUUAAACCAUUAAUUGCUGCAAUUGGAUCUUGUUGUCUAGUUGGAGUAAUCUGGGAAGUUAUGAAGCAAGGGGUAUGGCGCGUCAAAGGCAUUAUACAGGUAUCUAGAUCCAUAGGAGAUGCCUACCUGAAGAGGCCAGAGUUUGCUCUUGAUCCAUCUUUUCCGCGAUUUCAUCUUCAUGAACCUCUUUGUCGACCUGUUUUGAGAUCUGAUCCAUCUAUAUGCAAAAGAGUUUUACAACCAAAUGACAAAUUCAUUAUUUUUGCAUCUGAUGGUCUGUGGGAAUACUUGACAAAUCAGGAUGCUGUUGAGAUAGUCCAUAAUAAUCCAAGAAUGGGCGUAGCCAGAAGAAUUCUCAUAUCAGCCAUGAAACAGGCCUGCAAGAAAAGACAGAUGACGUAUAAUCAGCUCAAGAAGUUUGAUAAGGGGGACAGGAGAAAUUUCCAUGAUGACAUUACUGUUGUUAUCAUCUUCAUAGACCAUGCAAUGUUGGAAAAUAAGGGAUCAUUACCUGAAUUAUCAGUAAGAGGAUUUGUGGAUACCGUUGGACCAUCAAAUUUUAAUUUUCCUCAAGGGAUUGAUGCGAAUACGAAGUCUCCUAUCUGA